UCCUCCCCUACCGGGGUCGCAUGUUUACGUUCAGUGCCUCACACACAGCAAAAACCCACACACGCAUGAUGUGAUUUCACUUCUGCUUGCUUUGAUUUCUGGACCUCAGGGGGGGUGAGGUUGCAGCUGCUACCCUGACAUCCCCCCCCCAACAUACAUACAAAUCCAACAGCCAGCAUCUUCUCAGAGGGGUGGCGUGUCUGCCACAGGAGCAAUAAAAUGCUUUUACUUCUGUCGCCAACACUUUUGUUUUAGCUCGUUAACUCCUAAUUCUCUUUAUUGUUUUCUCUCAGAUGGCUGGAAUUGAAAACUCAUUAUCCCCAGCUUGACAGAAAGCCAUCGAUUUCCAGCUAAAGUCUGUGUGGUUUGAUAAACACAACAGGAUGUUCCAGACCCAUACAUUUAUGAUUUGAGUCUGCUUCAGUUGGUAGUGUGCAGCAGUCCAACUGGGCUGAUCUCCUGGAGGAAGCCAGCCCUCUGUCCACGUUUAGGGCUACGUGUGCAGCAGCAUCAACAGGACUGGGCAGAUCUGGCUGUGAGCGUGCAGGGGAGGGAGAGGUGAAGGCUGGAACUACAGCUGCAGCUCUCACUGUCAGACAGCUGGAGCUCCCGGCCACACCGGAGGCUCUGCCUCUCUUUGCUCUGAACAAACUAUUAGGCUUCUCCCCCCCUAUCCCACCACCACCACCCAACCCCCUCCUCACACAUCAGAGCCAUUCCUUCUGCAAAGCGAUUUUUUAAAUAACUUUUUCUCCAGUUUACGUCUUGCAUCGAGCGGUUUCCGGAACCGUGCAGCGGAAUCCUGCCUGCCAUGGCCUUCCUUGGGAGCGCGGUGCGUCGGAUGGUGUCGGCAGUGCGGCCUCCUCUCUCCCCUCUGUGCCAGAUAAAUGCACGCUCCUACAGCUCGGAACACACCAAAGAAAAGAACGUUCCUUAUGAGAAAACGCUGAAACAGGAGGACAGUGUCACGUCUGGACCCACAAAGCCGUUGCCCAGGUCAGCUGAUGUGGUGGUCAUCGGAGGAGGCAGCCUGGGCUGUCAGACCAUCUACCACCUGGCCAAAAUGGGGGUGACCAACGUGGUUCUGCUGGAGAGAGACAGACUGACAGCUGGCACCACCUGGCACACUGCAGGUCUGCUGUGGCAGCUCCGUCCCAGUGAUGUUGAGGUGGAACUCUUGGCCCAUACCAGGAACGUGAUUAGCAAGGACCUGGAGGAGGAGACGGGCCUCCACACUGGCUGGAUACAGAACGGAGGACUCUUCAUUGCUUCCAACAAGCAGAGGCUGGACGAGUACAAGCGCCUAAUGUCGCUGGGUAAAGUUUAUGGUAUUGAGUCUUAUGUCCUGUCCCCGGCUGAGACCAAGGACCUGUACCCACUGAUGAACGUUGAUGAUCUGUACGGAACGCUGUACGUUCCCAAAGACGGCACCAUGGACCCUGCAGGCACCUGCACCACCCUGAGCAGAGCUGCCUCUGCCAGGGGUGCCACGGUGAUCGAGAACUGUCCAGUGACUGGAAUUCAAGUGCGGACGGACGAUCUUGGGGUCAAGAAGGUGAAGGCCGUAGAGACGUCCCACGGGACCAUUGAAACACCAUGUGUGGUGAACUGUGCAGGUGUGUGGGCCACCAAGCUGGGGGAAAUGGCUGGAGUCAAGGUUCCUCUUAUUGCUAUGCAUCAUGCCUAUGUCGUGACUGAGAGGAUUGAAGGCAUACAGAACAUGCCAAACGUCAGGGACCACGAUGCGUCGGUGUACCUGCGCCUCCAGGGUGACGCUCUUUCUGUGGGCGGAUAUGAACAAAACCCCAUCUUCUGGGAGGAGGUGUCGGAUAAGUUUGCCUUCAGCCUGUUUGACCUGGAUUGGGAUGUUUUCAUGCAACACAUUGAGGGGGCAAUCAAUAGAGUUCCUGUUCUAGAACAAACUGGAAUCAAGUCAACUGUCUGCGGACCAGAGUCAUUCACAGCAGACCAUAAGCCGCUAAUGGGAGAGGCACCAGAGGUCCGAGGCUACUUCCUGGGUUGUGGAUUCAACAGUGCUGGCAUGAUGCUGGGAGGUGGUUGCGGGAGAGAGCUGGCUCACUGGAUCAUACAUGGCCGCCCUGAGAAGGACAUGUAUGGAUAUGACAUCAGGCGUUUUCAUAACUCGCUGACAGACAACAAACGUUGGAUCAGAGAGAGGAGCCAUGAGUCGUAUGCUAAAAACUACUCUGUGGUGUUCCCCUUUGAUGAGCCGCUGGCCAGCCGAAACAUGAGGAAGGACCCAUUCCAUCAGGUGCUGACGGAGCAGGGCUGUGUGUUCCAAGAGCGACAUGGCUGGGAGAGACCUGGCUGGUUCAACAAAGAAGGACCCGCUCCGGUUAAAGACUACGAUUAUUAUGGGUCGUACGACAACAAGAAGAAUGCAAACUACAAAUACAACGAACUCCUGGGCAAAGAGUACACCUUUGACUUCCCCCCACAUCACGAUGUGAUUAAAAGCGAGUGCCUCUCGUGUAGACACGGUGUAGCUGUAUUUGACAUGUCCUACUUUGGAAAGUUCUUUCUCACUGGACCAGAUGCCAAGAAGGCAGCUGAUUGGCUCUUCUCAGCUGAUGUCAACAAGAAGCCGGGCUCCACCGUUUACACCUGCAUGUUGAAUAAAAGAGGAGGGGCGGAGGCUGACCUCACUGUGAGCAGACUGGAGGCUGGCACUGCCAACUGGCCCCUGGCACCAGAACACGAUGGUGACGCUUACUACCUGGCCAUAGGAGGAGGAGUAGCAGAACACAACUGGAACCACAUUAAGUCAGUUAUCCAGGACCAAGGCUUUAGAUGCCACCUGACAGACCACUCUGAAGACAUGGGAAUGAUCAGCAUCCAGGGACCCAAGAGCCGGGAAGUUUUGCAGGAGGUUUUGGACACGGACCUGAGCAAUGAAGCCUUCCCCUUCUCUACCCACAAAGUUGUGAAGGCGGCGGGGCACCAGGUUCGAGCGAUGCGUCUGUCCUUUGUGGGAGAGCUCGGCUGGGAGCUGCACAUUCCCAAAGACUCUUGUCUUCCCGUCUAUCACGCUGUCAUGGCCGCUGGUGCAAAGCACAACAUCAUCAACUCAGGCUACAGAGCUAUCGACUCACUCAGCAUAGAGAAAGGGUACAGACAUUGGCACGCCGACCUGCGCCCUGAUGACACCCCCUUGGAGGCGGGGCUUGCUUUCACGUGCAAACUGAAGAGUUCCAUCCCGUUCCAGGGCCGUGAUAGGCUGGAGAAACAGAAGCAGGAGGGCCUGAAGAGACGCAUUGUCUGCUUCACCAUAGAUGAGAAAGUACCAAUGUUUGGUCUGGAGGCCAUUUUCCGCAAUGGCGUUCCUGUCGGGCACCUACGGCGUUCUGAGUACGGCUAUUUUAUCGACAAAACGCUUGGUUAUGGAUACAUCCGCAACCCUGAUGGAGGAGUGGUGAGUGCAGAUUUUAUUAAAACUGGCAACUUCACCUUGGAGAGGAUGGGAGAGACGUACAAGGCCAAGGCACACCUCAAAUCUCCGUUUGACCCUGAGAACAAACGUGUCAAAGGCAUCUACGAUUGAGAAGACCUCACCGACAAAAGCUCUGGUUUGAGUUGGAAAGAGUUGGUACUCCCCCCCCUUUCUUUUUUACAUGCAAAUACUGAUGCAAAUACACGGUACAUUUUCUGUCCGUUUAUUUUCUCAGGAGACUUGCAAUUGAAGUAAGAUAGCACUUUUUGUCUCACGUGAGUCAAGACAAUUCUAAACUCGGUCAAACUAAAACAGAAUAACCUGUUUAAAAAAAAACAGUUUUCUAAUAUGUUUUUUAAGCAACAUUUGGAAAAAGUAACUAACCUCAAUAACUCCUGUUGGUGUCAAGCCACAGAGAGUCGAUGCUAUCGGAUUUAUUGGAGCAUCUUAAUCUGUAACUAACUCAUGAUAAGAGAGUUUUUAUAAACGUGCUUCUUUGUUUAGAUUGCUCCACAAAUGUAUAUUCGGAUUCUUAAAACUGUAACACAACCGUGAUUCUUUGGACAAAUUACAAAGUUAUGUGGAUGGGUGGGUGCUCUUAGAGGAACUGGUAAAAUGGCUCAAGAAGGAGAUUACAGAUGUAUAAGUGUGUGUGUUAAAUCAAAGUAAAUGCCACACUGCAUAUCCAAAGUCAGCAGCACUCUGGAAUUUUUUUAUUCCAAGUUCUCUGAUAUUGUUCUGUCCUUCAGGCUCUGUUAGCAUCCAGACUGUUUCUACCAUUUCUCAUUUUUCAUAACCUGUUUUUUUUCUUUUCCUGUCCUCCGUGUCUGUGAUAUCCUCGAGGAACAAAUGAUAAAAUGUUCUAAAAUCUGUCAGACUGACUUACUCAUGCUGCCAUGUUUAAUGCCGUUGCUUUAAGCACUCUAGUGCCACCAAUUUUUAUAUUUAUUUUUUGUUUUAUUUCAAAUUGUUUUUUUUUUUUGGAUGAAGAUGAUUUCAAACCAUUGCACAAUUUAAUGUCUGUCAUGUUGGGUUUCAUUAAAAAAACGAAUGAGGCAAAAAAAAGAUAAAAGCCAGUUGUUUUUUUCAAUUUCAAUUUUCAACAAAUGACAGGCAAAUCAAUAUUCACAAUCCCCCUGAGUAUGUUCACAUCUGUACAACAAUACACAGACCGCUAGACUGCAAAAAGAAAAAAAAGUGAUCACAAUCACUGUUAAUGUUGCUGCCUUAAGCAAAUUAGUCUUCUGUCUGGUAACAAAAAGUACCGCCUUGUCACGCCAGAGUGAUUUAUUGACCGUAUCUCAUUUUAAGUUGGCACAGUUAUGUGAAAUUGGAGAUGCACCCACAUUUUUCUUAUCUAUUAUCUCAUAUCUUAAUUUAAUGACAUUGAUGCGCACCGUUUUUGAUAAAAAGCUUCUUGUAGCCCCAUGACGUCCAAGCGGUUUUGUGUUUAAAUAUGAGUUUUUAUUGCAUUCAUCAUCCGAUUGAACAGAGUCCCACAAACUACCAUGGUUAAAAAGUGCCUUAAGUGUGUUUUGGAGAGGAGUCAUGUGACUCCAGAGGUUGACAUACCGAGAAGAUUAGAAGCUGGGACCAUAAUGCCCUUUUCUCUUGCCCCUUGGUCCUGUUUUUUUUCUGUUAUCUUGGCACAAUAAUGCCUCCGAACUUAUUUAUUUGUAGUUGAGAUUUGAGAAAUAGAUCUUUUUAAUUAAAGCAGAGCCAGUUGUGUUUGAAGCAUCAUUGCUUCUUUCCUGCUUGAUGAUAUCUGCUGUGAUCGGGGCUGCAAUACAACCACAAAAACCCAGUGUACACUAAAAAUAACAGUAUGGAAUCACUUUUUGUAAUUAUUGAGUGGAAUAAGUCUCUCUAGUUGAGCAUAGCAAACGUUUGCUCUUUUUUAUGCCAGAACGUACAGUAAUUACUUUUAGUGUUUACGUGAUUAUCAGCAGUCUGAUUAUUAGCUUGACACGUUUUAUAAAAUGGUCAGAGUUAUGUGUCCCAUCUUUGUUUACGCUUACACAAAUAUGCUACAGAAAGCCAAACUUCAUCUCGCACAUUCAAUGAACGGCAGCCAAAAAUGAGGGGCCCUCACUGAAAGGAGCCAUUUGUAUGUAGUCUCCUUCUCGCCUCCUUCAUAUUUGCUGCUGCAUGUUGAGCACAAAAUGUUUACUAAUGUGGAAAGAUAGAUUGAUUCUGUCCAGAAGGCUAUUAAUCAUUGGAAUGGGGUUUCUCUUGUGUGGCUUAGGUUAACCACAAGAUUUAUAUGGGAAAUGUGAAACUCACUGAUAAAACACUUCAG